AGAAGAACGAGCCUCAGAAGUGAAGGUGCAAAAUCCCGUGUGCUAGCAUCAUUGGCUAGCAGUUGUGAAUUUACGGACAACAUGGACUGGAAUCAGACCUGGUUGAGUCCAUUGGUUCGGGACACUGAGGUGACCCGUGCUGCCCGCAGAAAGAGUUCACACAAAAAAGUUGCAUUCCCACUGGCACAGGAUGAGACUCCUGGCACCAGCACUACCCCUGCUAGACCACUACUGCGCCAAACACCUGGAUCUCUCCUCAAACAAACUUUCACCCCAAGAAGUGCCCUCAGGAACCCAGAUGUGUCGGCCAUCCUCGGGACAGGAAGCAGAACUCCUCGUUUCGUUAACACACCCCGUACUAAAGGCAGUCUGAGCAUGAACUUGGAUGACAGUGAUUGGACGAACAGUCUUUACCCGUCUCCUCUGUCUGGACUGGUGGACACCAGCUUCACUGAGGAUGUCAGCAUGAGCGCUCUCAUGCUAAAGGAAGAUGAUCCCGGAGAGGCUGCUUCUCUCGGUUUGUUUCCUGAUUUUUUGCAGUCAUAUUUACGUCAUGCAUCCACAGAUGUGUUUGAUGUGUUUGAUGAGUAUGAGGCUCUCUGUCAAGAUAAGAUGCCCACUGAGAGUGAGAAGGAAGUAAUGGAGCAGUUCUUCCAGAAGGGCAAUAUGGUGCGACAGAGCCAGCUGGUGGUGGAUUGGUUGGAGAGUAUCGCCAAAGAUGAGAUAGGAGACUUCUCUGAUAACAUUGAAUACUAUGCCAAAUCUGUGUACUGGGAGAACACGCUCCACACCCUGAAGCUGAGGAGGAAUCAGUCCAGUGGUGGUUUUAGCAGGCCACUGGUCACAGAACUGGAUCCCGAUGCUCCCAUCAGACAGAAGAGACCACUGGCAGACCUGGACAGAGAGGACGACACUCGCCUGCUCAAAAACCUCUUUAACCUCAUACGGGCUGGCAUGACUGAUGAGAUGCCCACUGAGAGUGAGAAGGCAGUAAUGGAGCAGUUCUUCCAGAAGGACAGUAUGGUGCGACAGAGCCAGCUGGUGGUGGAUUGGUUGGAGAGUAUCGCCAAAGAUGAGAUAGGAGACUUCUCUGAUAACAUUGAAUACUAUGCCAAAUCUGUGUACUGGGAGAACACGCUCCACACCCUGAAGCUGAGGAGGAAUCAGUCCAGUGGUGGUUUUAGCAGGCCACUGGUCACAGAACUGGAUCCCGAUGCUCCCAUCAGACAGAAGAGACCACUGGCAGACCUGGACAGAGAGGACGACACUCGCCUGCUCAAAAAUCUCUUUAACCUCAUACGAGCUGGCAUGACUGAUGAGGCUCAGAGGCUGUGUAAGCGCUGUGGUCAGGCCUGGCGUGCUGCCACUCUGGAAGGCUGGAAACUGUAUCAUGACCCCAACAUCAACGGAGGAGGUGGAGAGCUUCAGGCGGUGGAGGGGAAUCCUCAUCGAAGCGUGUGGAAGGUUUGCUGUUGGAGAAUGGCAGAGGAGGAGCAGUUCAACAAAUAUGAAAGAGCCAUCUAUGCUGCACUGAGUGGAAACCUCAAACAGCUGUUACCCGUGUGUGAGUCGUGGGAGGACACAGUGUGGGCGUAUUUCCGGGUGAUGGUGGACACUCUGGUAGAGCAGGAAAUCUGUUCUUCUGGUCUGGGCAGUGAAGAGCUGGAGGAGCUGCCCAGAGAGUUCCUAGAGACCAAUUGGACAUUGGAGAAAGUCUUUGAAGAGCUUCAAGCAACAGAAUCCAAAAGGGUUCUGGAUGCAACUAAGGAACAUUACCAUUUGAUUCAGAAGCUUGUUAUUCUUGGAGAUCUUGAUGGUCUUCUGGAGGAGUUCAGUGAUUGGUUGGGAAGAAGUACAGCUUUGCCAGCUCAUCUGUUGCGCUUCAUGUCACAUUUAGUGUUGUUUUAUCGCAGUUUGGGCAUGCAACUCAAGGUGGAGGUGUGUGUAGAUGUCCUGAAGGCCUACAUCUCCCUGUUAGUAAAGGAAAAGCAGGUGGAUCUCAUUGCAUUUUAUGUAAGUCACCUUCCUGCUGACAUGGCUGUGUCACAAUACGCUCAGUUCCUGGAGGAAGUCACGGAGACUGAGCAGCGCAAACACUGUCUGGAGCUGGCAACACAAGCAGGUUUGGAUGUAGCAGCAAUCACAAAAACCGUAGUAGAGACCAUCAGAGAGAGAGACACAGAUGAGUUUGCCCACCAUGACCUGACCCCUGCACUAGAUACAGCAACUACCGUGGAGGAUCAGCAGAAGAUUGAUGUCAUUGACUGGCUGGUGUUUGAUCCCGCCCAGCGAGCUGAAGCCCUUAAACAGAGCAAUGCCAUCAUGAGGAAGUUCUUAGCAUCUAAGAAGCAUGACGCUGCUAAGAUGGUCUUCGCCAAAGUGCCGGAAGAUUCCAUGCGGGAAAUCUACCGCCAGUGGGAGGAGCAGGGCAUGGACACGCCCCUUCCUGCAGAGGAGGAGAAUGCUAUUCGUGAGCAUCUGUGCAUCCGUGCCUAUCUGGAAGCUCACGAAGCGUUUAAUGAGUGGUUCAAGCACAUGAACUGUCCUCCGGUGAAACCCACAGCACCUGCUCAAGCGAAGUUUACAGAGAAGGUGGCCCAUGAGAUGAAAGAAGCAGAGUACAAGGUAGAGUAUGAGAACUGGCAGGGCCGUCUGGGAGCGCUGACAGAGGAUGUGAAGGAGAGGAUCUAUAAUGUGCUGCUGUUUGUAGAUGGAGGCUGGAUGGUGGAUGUCAGAGAGGACACUGAGGAAGACUCUGAGCGCUCUCAUCAGAUGACUCUGCUGCGGCAUUUGUGUCUGCCCAUGAUGUCUUUCCUCCUUUUAACCGUACUGCAGCGCACUGAGCGCCACCAGGAGAGUCUGCGUCUGGCUGACAUCAUCACGUCUGACCAACACAGACUCUAUGAGGUUUUCUCUAAAGACGAGCUGCAGAAGUUUCUCCAGAAGAUGAGGGAAUCCUCUCUACUCCUGCUGGAUAAAGGGCUGGAUCCGCUUGGAUAUGAGAUUCAGCCCUAGACACUGUUUGUUUCUAAUGCUGUUUAUGUCCUCAGAAAAAAAUAAAAGCUUUGUAAUUUUGUAUUUGAAUAAAGAUGAAUUGUUUUGAAUUUGGUGAAUUGUUCAAGUGGAGAAUCACACUAUUUCAUCUUCUUCAAGAGUAAUGCAUUUCUUUCAAUUUGUAUCAUUUCUUUUUUGUCCAGUCUUCCAUAUUAAAUAGAAUA